CUUUCUUUAGCUUCUGACCAACUUUGCGGGAAGUUAUAUUCGUAAGAAUAUUCUUCUUUGAACAAAAGUUGAGCAACUCCAGUUAAAAAAUCGGGAAAUCCAACGAGACGAUCUUUAUCGGACCAACCAAUGAUAUUUGUGAUUUGUUCGUAGUCACUUAUCCAAUUUUCUAUCGAUGGUUCGAAUCCAUUGAAGGUUGGAACUUUAACAUUAACAGUUAAUAUUUUACUGAGACUCAUGGUGAAUUGUUUUGGUUUUAGAGAUGAACGAAAACUGAGUUAAUGAUUAUAUUAAAUGAAGAUGAUCACUAAUAAUUAUGAUUUGAUGUAGGAUUGAUGUUAAACUUUUUAAUAUUUGAAGUGAUAUUGAUGUUAACUGGGUUGUGGAUUCAGGUUGAGUGAUGAGUUUGAUUAAUAAUCGACCGUUUUUAUGUGGAAAAUAAAUUAUCCUGCGACAUUUCAAUCGGAAAUACCUUAUAUGGAUCAUUGUGUUUCUAAUUCCAUUUUUGGUAUUUAAAAUUGGCGGAAAUGGUUUUGCUUAGUCAGGACAGGUGGCAGCAUAAUAUUAUGGAACGGAUGUUGUUGUUGUCAGCCAUUUUAGCUUAAUUAAGUAUUUCCUAUGUGAAUAACAUUAUUUCACGUUGUAUUAGUUUGGUUUUACCUGGUUUUGUUCUCAAUUUCAAUUUGAUUUCAUUGAGAAAAUUAUUUAUCGACUAAAAAUAAAAUGUUGCUUAAGUUAAUUCUUAUUUCGUGUAUCAUUUUGGGUCUUUUUACUACAUCCUGUGUUCCACAGGAAAGACGUCAGUUUCCUGCUUCAGGAAAUAUUCCAAACCUUGAAGCCUUUUUAGAAAAUGGAGAGAGAGUAACUUCAAGGUAUCGGACCUUUGGGCGACUUUUAGGACGUGACGAGACUGCACCAGGUGACCAGCUUGAGGAGGAUCCUGAUUAUUCUAGUUUAACUGAUCGGGAAGUGUUAAGUACUUCGGAAAUAAAUGAGCAAAUUAGGAUUCGACGGGAACAACAGCAGAGAAAUGAAGAUUCUGGUGGUGGUCAGGAUGAUGUUGAAACUCAGGGGCUUACCAGGAAUACUCUUCCAAUAAUAAGAAAACCAAAAAGGAAACGUGCUAGUUCCCGGAAACGUGCACCUCGGACAGAGAUUGAGCGACUGGAACAACAACCUCCAAGUCCAUCUUCAGAGUCUCAAGAAGAGGUAGAUCCAUUGGAUGAAAGUCAAGCAGGUCCUUCUGGUCAGCAAAUGAUUGGAAUAUCUGAAAAAAUGGUUUAUCACCCCUGUAAGUCGGAUAUUUAUGCAGUUAUUGAUGGAGAGCCAAUCAGAGGAGUUGAAUAUGAGCGUUCGAUGGCUCCAAAUAGUCGUUUCAUGAACGCUAAGGAUCUUUCCAAAUUAACAAAGGUUACGGAAGCAGAAUUAGUCGCAUGGGCAGGGGGUGAGGAUAAGCAUAUUGAUAAGCAAGAGGAAGCUGCUAAGAAAUUUGCGGACGAGAAUCCCGUUUGUUUUGAAUGUGCGUAUUGCGAAACCAGAAAAUCGACCUUAAAGGAGCUCAAAAAACACACAGUGGGUAGACUGAGAAGUGGCGACCAACGUUAUUUGGAAGUGAGUUGUUUGGCUCGUAUUCGUGAUGAUAAAAUAUCUAAUCCAAAUGCAAUAGGUACUACUACUCGCCCGUUGAAAUUCCCUUGGGCUUAUAUUGUUUGCACCGACCCAAGAAAAUUCAUACCUCGGCUGGACCCCGUGACCGGAAACGUAGAACAUGACUUCGAGAUUCCGAAAAAUAUUCAAGAUCAAUGGGAUACUGAGAUGGUCGAUGAAAGACGAACACCAUCUCGUGGUAGGCCAAGGAAACGAUAAAACAUCGUGAUGAUUAUUUUAUAUGAUAUAUUUUAUAUUUGAAAAAAAAAAACUGAUAGGGACAGAAAGGGACAGUAAAAAAAUGAAAACUGAUUUCAUAUUCGUAUUCAGCUAAGUCCAUUUAGUUUAUAUAAAAUGCAAAAAAAUGCUAACUCUAUAUUUCGAAAAGUUAUGAUUAAAAGACAUAACUUAUAUAUUCUCAAUUAUUUGUUUUUUGUUUCUUUUACUUUUUGUGUAAUUUUUUGAAUUGGAAGCU